AUGUCAGACCCCGAGUAUAUAAACAACUCAGGUGAUGACGGCUACCUCACGCCCGUCGAAUACUCCGGGAAGUGUGAAGAGGAAAGGGCAGCUGAAAAGCGCCGAAUACUCAGAAAGGCCAAAGUCAACCAAGUGUUGAACAACCCAACCGGCGAAAAACGGUUGAACCUCAAUGGUGUGUUGGAUGUUCCAUACUGCGCCGACACUGGCGCGACGUUGAACAUCAUCCCACAACGGAUGGUGAUGGAGCUCAAGCAUCUCCAGCCAGACCUGGUUGUGGAGUCAGUACCAGCCGACCGCAGCAGAGCCGAAGGCCCUGACGGCCAGGAGCUUGAACUCAUUGGGCACAUUGCCCUGAGGCUGACCAUUUGCACGGCGGCGGGGCCCGUAAGGGUUCCCCACGCAGUCGCCUGCUACAUCACGACGAACGGGACUGAGUUCCUCGUCUCGGACGAUACCCUGAAAACUCGAUGA